AGAUGAUGGAUGGAUGGAUGAGAGCCCAGGAUGACGACUGAAGACUGAAGAGGGACCCCUUUUCUUCUUCCCACCACCUGUCUGCUACUCUGUAGCACAGCCUCUGUCAGAACACUGAAGGAGGCACUGGUGGCUGGGCGGUGGGAAAGGCGAGGUUGAGGGGAGCUGAGGAAGGAGAGUGGAGAGGAGGAGGGCCUUGGAGGCAGAGAGGAGGGGCGGCGGGCUCCCGGGGAGCCUGGCGCUGGCAGAGGCGCUGGCGGUUAGAGGACCGAUGUCGCUGCCACCGCCUCCUCCUCGCGGGCCGGAGCUGCGUCGCCCGGGCUGAGCCGCAGCCGCAGCCGCAAGCCGAGCGGCCGCCGGGCGCGCCCGCAACACGGGAGGAUGGGCUGCGGCGGGAGCCGAGCCGAUGCCAUCGAGCCCCGCUACUACGAGAGCUGGACCCGGGAGACCGAGUCCACCUGGCUCACCUACACCGACUCGGACGCGCUGCCCAGCGCCGCAGCCACGGACAGCGGCCCCGAGGCGGGCGGCCUGCACGCGGGUGUGCUGGAAGACGGACUGCCCUCUAACGGUGUGCUCCGACCCGCAGCCCCAGGUGGAAUAGCCAACCCAGAGAAGAAGAUGAACUGUGGGACACAGUGUCCCAACUCACAGAGCCUCAGCUCAGGCGCUCUGACCCAGAAACAGAAUGGCCUCUGGACCACAGAGGCUAAAAGGGACGCUAAGCGAAUGUGUGCAAGAGAAGUCGCUAUUAAUGUCACAGAGAAUAUCCGGCAGAUGGACAGAAGUAAAAGGGUUACCAAGAACUGCAUCAAUUAGCAGUGCCUGGGUGUGGAAGCACAUGAACUUCUUGGUGGAGUCCAGUCAAAGAAUCCUAAAGAAAUGGGUGUCACUCGCUGAACGUGGAUGCCCCUGAGCAAAACAUGGCCACCCACGCUGUGAUGGCCAUCUCCGUUUCCUGUUUAUUACAUACAGAAAAUACAUCGAAAAGUCUUGAAAUA